AUGUCUGCCCUCGUCCUGCUCAGUAUUCUGCAGGCAAGCAAUGGCCAAUCCGAACAUUCAGAAAACUCUCUUGCUCCUCGUUUGACCAGCAAUGUACUCCUGGAUAUCGACCCGUUACCAGACGUCCAGCGGAGGGGUCUCAUUGCUGUGACUGUCAUGGCAUUUCUAUCCUUUAUCGCCACAGGCACACUACUAGCAUUCAUCACAUUUCGUCUCAUCUUUUGGCGUGGCUCAUACACCAGAUACAUCGGUUACAAUCAGUACAUCAUUCUCAUUUACAAUCUGGUACUAGCAGAUUUUCAACAAUCAUUAGCCUUUUUGAUUUGUCUCCAGUGGAUUGUCACAAACAAGAUUAAAUCCGGCACUGCAGGAUGUUUUCUCCAAGGACUAUGGUUACAAAUUGGAGAUCCGGGAAGUGGUCUUUUCGUGCUCGCCAUCGCCAUCCAUACUUUCCUUCUCGUUGUCUGGGGUCGCAAGAUGUCAUACAAAGUCUUCGUCGGGUUCGUUUGCGGUGUCUGGGUAUUUAUCGCCAUUAUCGUUAUCGCUCCUCUUGCAAGAUAUGGCGCCGAUGUUUUCGUCCCAGCAGGCGCAUGGUGCUGGAUUAAUGAGGACUACGAAGCAAUGCGCCUUUGGACUCAUUAUAUCUGGAUCUUCUUCGCUGAGUUUGGUACCGUCUGUCUCUAUGCUGUGAUGUACUUUCAGCUCCGUCGACAAAUUGCCUCAUCCUCUAUUCUCGGUAAUAGCCAGCUGGAGAGCUUGAAACGUCUCCGAAGAGUCGUUGGUUACAUGACCAUUUAUCCAAUUGUCUACAUCAUUCUCUCUCUACCCUUAGCGGCUGGACGUAUGGCUACCGCGAACGGCCACAAUCCGUCUCUCACUUUUUUCUGCUGCGCUGGUGCCAUCAUUACUAGCUCCGGUCUAGUCGACGUCAUUCUCUACACUCUCACCCGCCGAAACCUCAUCAUCGAUUCCGAACCUAGUCACGAUCGCUCUUACAAUAAAUUCGCAAGUAGCAAAGGACGCCGUGGCGACACUCACCUUACAACCAUUACUGCCGAGCCCAAAUCGAAGAAGCUGGGUCUCGCCGACACCACUAUACAUGAGCGCGAUGGCUCAACGGAUAACAUCGUUCAAGCCGGUGUUGAGAUGAACGAUCUUGGAAAGGUGUAUCAAGAAACCACAAUCGAAAUCACAACGGAGCCCGCAUACGUAUCGGAGGAGUCAAGUGAGCGCUCCAGCAAAGAUGACGAGUUCUCAGACGCCACACCAAAUCGUAUGUGGAGGCGAUGA